GCUACUUUCUCUUUCACUUUGACGAGUCUUUACGGUUCAGUCGGCGUCUGAAGGGAAGAAGCUGCUGCUUGAGAUUUAUUUUGUCUUCAUUUAAGACUAUGGCAGCUGUUUGGUAACUUUAAAAUCACGCAACUUCGAAGAGAACUGCUGUGCUGAUCAGCGAAUAAAUCCACUGCGUCGUUUACAACGUGGUGCACGAUGCGCCAACGGAGCCACUUCCUCAUCCCUCUGCUCUUGCUGUGCGUGGAUGUCUGCGUGGUGCGCGGCCUCCGCCUCCUGCAGCUCUCGAAGCUCCUGCCCAGCCCCUCGCUUGUCACCCUGUGGGCAGGAGCGCUGACCAGGGCCGGCCUCCUGCUCGUCACCGCCACCUCCUGCGGAGGAGACCUCUCGUGGGCAAGCAGCUUAUCGGUGCUUUGCUUGCACCUCCCGGUCUAUGUCGGCCUCCUCUCUGGGAUGGGGUGGUCCACCGAGGAGGAGGUGUGGGGAUGGCACUCCUGGGAAAGGUUGCUGCAGGGCUACGCGGUGACGGCGGUGGCGUGGGUCUACUGGAGUCAGUACGUCUCGCUGUGGACGUCCACGAGCGCCAAGGAGAAGCCCAAAGAGGACAUUGAGUCAUCUCUUAGGAGGAGGCUGAUUGGAUUCAUGCGACCUUAUGUCGGACGAUUUGUUAUUGUGCUGAUCCUUGUACUGCUCUCCUCCUAUGGCGAGAUGGCGGUGCCGCUCUACACGGGCCGUGUGACUGACUGGAUCACAAACCAAGAGGCGCCGGACGCUUUCUACGAGGCCAUCAUGAUCAUGGGGGCAAUGACUGCUGCAAGCGCGGUGCAGGAGUUCAUCGGCGACCUGGUGUACAUCUCCACCAUGCGGCGUAUCCACACGGCAGUGCAGAACGCCGUCUUCCAAGCAGUGCUGAAACAGGACAUCGCCUUCUUUGAUGCCACCACCACAGGUGAGCUGGUGUCCCGCAUCACCAAGGACACGGACGACAUGAGCGAGGCGCUGAGUGAGAAGCUGAGCCUCGUCAUGUGGUACACGGCCCGCUUCUUCUUCCUCCUGUAUUUCAUGACCAUGCAGUCGUGGAAGCUGACGCUGCUCUCCUGCAUGGGGCUGCCCAUCAUCUGGGUCAUACCCAAGUUCAUCGGGCGCUUCAGUCAGACGCUGUCGGUGAAGAUCCAGGAGUCGGUGGCUAAGGCCAACCAGGUGGCCACAGAAACCUUCUCCUGCAUCAAGACGGUGAAGAGUUUUGCCAACGAGGACGGAGAGACGGAGCGCUACAGGCAGGCCAUGGAGGACACGUACGCCCUUCAUAAAAUACAGGCCGCAAUUUAUGGAGUCACUACGUCUGCCAACAGUUUGAGCACUUUGGCCAUGAAAGUGUGCAUUCUGUACUACGGAGGGAUGCUCGUGACAAGGGGAACAGUCAGCAGCGGAGCGCUGGUCUCGUUCGUCCUCUACGAGCUGCAGUUUGCUUCUGCUGUGGAGGCCUUCAUGCAUUCUUACCCAGAGGUGAGGAAGGCUGUCGGCGCCUCUGAGAAGAUCUUUGAGUAUCUGGAUCGGAAACCUCGAGUACCCCCGGAGGGAACCUUGGCCCCUGAGAACCUCGAGGGCCACGUUGAGUUCAAGAACGUUACUUUUGCCUACUCGGAGAACACCGAUGACGACAGCCUUGUCCUCAAGAACGUUUCCCUGGAAAUAAAACCGGGACGCAUCACGGCACUUGUGGGUCUCAACAGAUCAGGGAAGUCCACCUGCAUCAAACUGCUGGAGAGGUUUUACCAGCCCCAAAGCGGGGAGAUCCUCCUGGACGGGUUGCCUUUGCAGAGUUAUAAAGACCUUUAUCUUCGGCACAAGAUUGCCGUGGUGAGUCAGGAAUGUCUGCUGUUCGCUCGCCCCGUGUGGGAGAACAUCAAAUACGCCUGCGACGCCAGCGACGACGACAUGUACCGAGCCGCCCGCCUCGCCAGCGCCCACAACUUCAUCACGGCGCUGUCGAAGGGCUACGACACAGAUGCCGGCGAGAAAGGAGCACAGUUAUCCGGAGGGCAGAGACAACGUAUCGCCAUCGCCAGAGCUUUAAUCCGACGACCCAAGGUCUUGAUAUUGGACAACGCCACCAGCGACUUGGACACGGAAAACGAACAUCAGGUCCACCAGGCUUUGCUGAGCCAAGGCAAGGAGUGCUCUGUGCUGCUCAUCUCCAACAAGAUGAGUGUCGCCAAGAAGGCCGACCACAUCGUCGUCCUCCACAACGGGACGGUGGAGGCGGAGGGUUGCCAUGACGAGCUGCUGAAAAGAGGCGGCCGUUACGCUGAACUGGUGACAAAGGAGGCGCACUGAGAUUGUGGAUAUAAGGAGGCAGUGCCUUCAAGCCUAGCUUCCCAAUGUGGGGUACAUCAAUUGUCAUAGGGGGCACAUGAAUAAAAAUGAAAAACAAUUAGCGCCUGACACUCACAAUUACUAGUGCGCCUGAAUGCCUCACGGCCCAAACAGAAGACAUCAAAUGAUGUUCAUUGCUGUGUGUGCAUCAUGCGAACAAAUAAGUCAGUUUGAUGAUUAUUUUGUGCAUUAAGAGUGUUUCUUCUUGAAGAUUUCAUUUAUAUUGGUGUUCCAAACCCCGUACGGCCCAGUGGUGAAAAUGAGCCCCGAAAAUGGUCAGAUCAAAUGUCUGAAGGGGUAUGCGACUGUAAGAAGCUUGGAAACUACUGCCUUUAAGGACGUCAGAUACACUGUAUGCCCAUUUCCCGCUGCACCGUACCUCCUUGGCUCCGUUGUAUUUCUAGCAUACCUUCAGUUGAGCCAAGCUGGGUGUACCAUUGGAGGAUGUGCAUGGAGCAAUGACAGAAACAACUAACCUUAGUAGCUCCUGCCGUACCUUAGCUGUGGGCGCUGCAAUCAUACAGCAGGUCCCCGAUUUAAGAACGAGUUCUGUUCCUACGACGGCGUCAUUAGUCGACUUUCACGUCAUAGCUUAUACCUAACUUAACGCCUUAACGCCACUGUACCCUGAUGCUAGUCAUCACAUCUCAUCAUCCAAUGAGGUUCAUUUGGUCAAUCAUUCAUUCAUUCUCAACAGUUCUUUUUCAACACACCAGAGUUGCCUGACAGUUUCAACUGAUCACUUACAGUCUUCUUCAGAGUGGUCACGUGAUCACAUGUUCUAGGAUAUCGUCUCUCUCCUUUAUGACGGUCCAGUGUUGGUCCAUUUUUCUCUACUCUGGCAGAAUUUUUGUCUUGAGAGAGAGAGAGCGAGAGAGAGAGAAUGGCCUUCGCUUACUCAGAGGUACAAGCUACUACUAAGCACACUUUACAACAUGAGAACUCAAAACUUGCACUAGAGGAGGAGGAAAGGGGGGUGGAAGUGUUCCAGCCACUCGUCACAGCCAUAUAUCAGUGCGUGUCGUGGACCCCGCCUGUCAGCACUGGGGGGAUGAAGCGACAAAGGUGUGGGAUGGGAGAGGGUGUGUGUAGCAUAUGUGCAUGUGUGUGAGUGUAGGUCUGGGGAAGUUGUUCAGUCUAGCGCACAAUCCUGGUGCCUCAGACCGCAGGAUGUCAUUGCAAUAACACAGCAGUUGCCAUGGAGACGACCGUGAGCGGCCCUGGGCAGAGGCAACAAUCAACAGGUGUCUGUGAAAGAAGGGGAAGGUUCCAAAGCGUCUCACUGCAGCAAUCUCCUGGAGGAGUUGUUCCAGCAGCGACCUUGGCCCGGGGCCAAUACCGGGGGGGGGAGCCGAAAUGCUGAUUAGAAUGUUUGGGUUAGUGCGAGUAGCCGCAUUCCAAUAGACUCGGAUACUGUUUGUCCAUUCUGGUCUCUCGAUCGACCCAGCAAUCAUGACGGGCAGCUGCUGGGCACUUAGACUGCUGUCUCCGUCUUCCAAAUUUUGUGAUACAGCAGGGCAAGACAAGAAUCGCCAGGCACACGACCCUCCACUUCCCCCAACUGUCUAUCACGUAACCGACAUUGAACGUUCCGUCAGGGCAGACAGGUUCCCCCGAACCCUGAGCUGCUUGCCGGGAAGAUUCUGUCAGUUGCGAGAGACCAGUUGAUCAAUCCGUGAUUUAGAUUUGGAGAGCAGUGCGGACAGAAGCGCUUCAAAGUAGGAGGCAGAACAAAACGAGACAUGAGAAGCAAAACAGGGAAUAUAAGAGCGGGGAGAGGCAAAAGAUGCAACCACCUUCGUUGACAGCCAUCAGAAGGAAGAAUCAUUUAAUUCAUUUCACGUCCAAUGUGGUGGCGUUCCUUUUCUGGACGUUAACUUGACCGUGAUAAGUGAAUUUUUGCUAAGUAGGAUUCCUUAUUUAUAAAUAAAAUAUUUUUGUUGUCAGAAAAUCCGUUAACAACCUUCUAAAUAUGUUUUUUAACAUUAUUAGAGCCCUCUAGACAUGAAAUAACACCCCUAUAGUCACCUUUACACUCCUAUUAUUUAAUGUAGUAGACAUAAUAAGAGAAAAUAAGAUAUAAAUAAGACUCGUGCUUGUGUGUGUUGCUGUAAAUGUGUUCCGAUGCGAGGGGAGCUGAGUGAUGCGGCGAACAGGAAGUUCGGGGUUCAGAGUUGAGUUUUAGCUCGGCUUGGGUUACAGCUGCAACAGUAGCCCGUGUUAGGGAUUAUUGUGCCUGUUGUGAGAUCAUUCAAACCUGCAAUAAAAGCCUGUUCCGCCGAUCAAGUCUGGUGCUUGUCUCACCCAGUGACAUUACUGACACCUAGUGACCAGUAUAGAAUACUACAUAUUAUCACAACGUCAUUGAAUGCCUUAGAUUUGUAUAUUACUUCAUUUAGUGUUGCUUGAAAAUGCGUAUUUUAGGCCGUAAUAGGCCGUAUUCAACCAUGAAACAGCAAUGAUUUAUUAACACAUUUUUGAAAAAUUGUGAUAGAGUGAAGCCGCAAAAUUCGAAGCGUAAAGCGGUGAGGGAUUACUGUAGUUCACGAGCAGGUCUCGUUUUACAAACCGAAUUGCAUAGGUAGUUUCGACAUAAGGGAGUGUGUCAUAACCACCAAACUUCAGGCAAUAACACAAAAUGAAAAUCAAAACUGUGAACCACGUGUAUUACACCCCACAGUCUCCACUUUGCUGCAGCGCUACUUUUUCUCGCUGCCCCCAAUCAACUAUUGAAUAAACUUUGUCUACCAUCAACAGCCCCCGAUCGUCCUUCCUUUGUUAUGGGUUGGUAGCGUGUCUUGCUGUGACUGUGGCUUGGUUUCUGCAGUUUCCCAUGGUACUAUAUUUAAGUGGAAAACCCGACCGCCUCAAACUGGGAGUGAGUAGAGCCGAGCGUGUACUGUGCAAUGGAAAUGCAGCAUUAGUUGUUAGACCAGUAGCCAUUUAGCCAUUUGUUUUCACAAUUUCCUAUGUGCACCUUGAAGCCAUUUGUACCAUAAGCCCUUGUUUUG